AUGUCCAGGGUUUCUAUGGCAAACCCUCCUUCCUUCCCGGCCAGCAUUGUGAAUUGUGAUUACUUGUUGUACUGGAUGUUUUUUCACUGUGAAUUGUGGUUUUGGAUGAUGGGAAAGUUUGACAUUAGAAUUUUUCUGGAAGCAGUGCCAGCAGUGCCGUUGGUGAUGGAAAAACAGAAGAUCAAAGCCUACCUUAUAGAGAAAGAGUUCAAGUAA